CUAUAAAACACCCAGUCCUGUGAACUUCCCUCACACCACUUCAGUGGCAGACAGAGAUGAGGCUGACAGUUGAUACGCAGAAACAGGAAAGGGUCUUGGAUUCCCAAGAAGCAAACCUGAGACGAGGGUACAAGUAGUUUAUUGGGAGGUGGUUCUGAUACCGGUGGUGAAAAACUAAAAGGAAGGACCUUCGUUUUUGUCUUCUCUGAAGGAAGAAUUCAGCAAAGAGACCAAGAUUGUGAAAAGAUAAAGGUGUUUAUGAAAAGAAGCAGAAUACAUGUAAAAGAACACGCAGCUGAACUCAGAGUGAGUUAUGUGCAACGGGGCCAGCUUAGGUUGCUUAAAUCGAGGUAAUUUUCUGCUUUUUUUUUUUUUCUGACCAGUCAUCUUCAUAUUUGGUCCUGGUAUGGGCUUGCAUCUCUCAGCCAAGAUGGAUUCCAGCUGACCUCUUCUCCCUCCUUUUGUCCUUCCGCCUAGACUGAGGGCCUUCUCUGGGUGUGUGUCGGGCCAGGAAACCCCACAAGAAUGCACCCCAUCUGGGCACAGUGCUCCCGCUGGCCUCCCGUCUUGAAGCAUCAGCAGGAGACCAGCUGUAAUUGCUCAGCUGGGGGCCUGUGUAUCUCCUACCUCAGGUCUGAAGGGAGGAACUUGACCCAGACGUUACUGAGUAGGAUCUCCUGUGAGCACCCAGGGCUCCAUCCCGCUAGGGACCCUCCGAGAUGGGGCCAGGAGUAGGAUGAGGCCCUUGGGGUGCCAGAUUAAGGAGGGACCCACUCUCGCACAACGCUGGUAGGUGCCACCUUAAAUCUUGCAUCCUGGAGCCUCUCUCACCUUGUCCGAGCCCCUGCCCUGGUCUGAGAGACUGUGCAGAACUAACCUCACGAUUGUUCCAUCCACAACUGGGAGCCAGGGAUCUUGUCGCUGACCCCAUCCUUCACUGACUGAGCAUUUCCCCUAGGUUGUUAAGUCCCAGGACUUGCAGCCUUGAGGCAGAGGCAGAGGGAGGAAGAGCUGGUCCUGCAGGAACCUCAGAGGCCUGCUGGAGGCACGUGGGCCUGGGUGUCCAUGGUCCCUGCAGUGGACGGAGAGGAUGUGUUUACAAAGAGAGGGCAGGGAGCCUGAAGUGUUUCCCUCCUCUUUCCGGGGCCCACCCCCUUCUGCUCCUGUGGCCUUUGAAGCCCGUGAAGGAAACGUUCAAGAGAAUCACUUGGAGAACCAGGCUGUGUCUUCGGAAUCUGGAGAUGCCAGGACUGGUAGUCUUCUCGGACCUGGUGGUAGCCGCCUUGUGAAGUCCUUGAGGUGCUGACAAUUUCUGAUAAUCCCGAAGCGGAGCCACCCAGAUAACCUGCCCUUGCGUUUCUGAUGGACAGCCUGGAGCUGGAGACUUGGGAGUCAGCUCUGCCAGCAACUCCACUGUGACUUUGGCAAGCCAGUUAAACACCUUCCAUCCGGUGACUCACUCUGCUGCCCCCUCAAGAAUGAGCAGCAUCUGAGAGAAGCAGGCCAGUGUGGGAAGUGGAACCCAGGGCCCUGCAGGUGAUCUGUGUGCACGUUAAAGUGUGGAAGCGCUGGACUAAAGAAUAGUGACUCUCCCAGAGUUCCAGGACAGCAUGAUGGCUCUCCUGGGAUGCAAACCCAGGCUCCAAGUCUCCCAGAGAAGUGCUUUUCUGACGGCGUUGCUACACUCUUUGCACUUUAGCUGACCUAAAGUAGGCACAUACAUCCUCUCGGUCAGCUCCCAUCCCUUGAGUGAUGGGGGAGCAAAGGAAACAAACUGCUGUGCCAAAGGAGGAAUUUGUGUUGAUCCUGAGAACAAAGACAAAGAUGGGGACAGAAAUUAGGAGGAGAAAAGAGGAGGAGAGUGGCAGAGCCUUGGAGGAAGAGGCACUGCCGUGGAUGUAGUGAGUAGAGACCGCCCAAAAAAGGCAAGAUGUGUGUAGAGUCCAAAGAAUACAAGGGUGGACAUGGACAAGAUCUACAGUGAGAAACGAGGGUUUCUGGCAGCCCAGAGGCGAAGGAAGUUGAUUCUGACUGCCCUGAUGGUUUUGGGUAGCUCACUCUGUUUCUGAAGAAGAAUGAUGGAGCAGUAGACCCACCCCUAUUUUGCCACCGACCACAGACAGAUGAGAUACCCACAGAGGAGCUGUUUUCCACUCAGCUGCAGACACCCAGCAGGGCAGACUGAGACAAACUAGCAACACUGAAAACCUCCGAAGGAAGGCUCCAAUUAAGUACAGAAAAGAACAAGGAUUUGGAGAAGACAGAUGUGGUUUUUGAGUCCUGGCUCUGUUGCCUCACCCUUUGUGUAACUUCAGGUGCUGGACAAAAGCUGAGAUUCAGAAAUGUGGCAUGGUGGAGAGGGAUGUCUGAGUGUCCAAUAAUCAAAUGCCUUGGAAAAAUCGUGCCUCUGUGGCUGGCCUCCUCCUGCCUUGAUGGAUUACACACCUGAGCCCAAUUUGACAACAGUAACUGACUUCUACUAUCCUGAUAUCUACUCGAGCCCCUGCGAUGGGGAGGGGAGAGACAGCAAGCUGCUUCUUGCCGUCUUCUACUGCAUCCUGUUUGUAUUUGGUCUUCUGGGCAACAGCCUGGUCAUCCUAGUCCUUGUCGCCUGCAAGAAACUGAGGAGCAUCACGGACGUAUACCUCUUGAACCUGGCCCUGUCUGACCUGCUUUUUGUCUUCUCCUUCCCCUUCCAGACCCACUAUCAGCUGGACCAGUGGGUAUUUGGGACCAUCAUGUGCAAGGUGGUCUCUGGUUUUUAUUACAUCAGCUUCUUCAGCAGCAUGUUCUUUAUAACCCUCAUGAGUGUGGACAGGUACCUGGCAGUGGUCCAUGCUGUGUAUGCCUUGAAAGUGAGGACGAUCCGCAUGGGCACAGCCCUGAGUCUGGUGGUGUGGCUGACUGCCCUCGUGGCCACUAGCCCGUUACUAGUAUUUUACCAAGUGGCCUCCGAAAAUGGCAUCCUACAGUGUUACACGUAUUACAAUCAGCAGACGCUGAAGUGGAAGAUCUUCAUCCACUUUGAAGUGAAUAUCUUAGGCCUGCUGAUCCCGUUCAGCAUCCUGAUGUUCUGCUAUAUCAACAUCCUGCACCAGCUGAAGGGCUGCCAGAACCACAACAAGACCAAGGCCAUCAAGCUCGUGCUCAUAGUGGUGGUUGCCUCCCUACUCUUCUGGGUCCCUUUCAACAUGGUCCUCUUCCUCACUUCCCUGCAUGACAUGCACAUCUUGGAUGGAUGUGUCAUGAACCAGCAGCUGAUCUACGCCACGCAUGUCACAGAAACCAUUUCCUUCACCCACUGCUGUGUGAACCCUAUUAUCUAUGCGUUCAUGGGUGAGAAGUUCAAGAAACACUUAUCAGAACUAUUUCGGAAAAGUUGCAGCCACAUCUUCAUCUACGUAGGGAGACAGGUGUCUAGGGAGGCCUUGGAAAAAUCAUCCUCGAAUCAGCACUCCACUCGCUCCUCCACCAUAGACUACAUUCUGUGAGUCUGUGCAGGGCAGAGCAUCCCUCUGCCUCCAUCACCCACCGGCUUGAAACAGAAACGAUUCACGCUGGAGUUGGAGGCUACAUUGAAGGGAGACUCCUAGAAAGCUAGCUACAGACACAAGACUUCUUUCAUGGUAUUCAGUGAAUUACUAUUAUUGCAAGUCAACCCUGUCAACUUUCAAAGACUUUGUCACUAUUUUCUGAAAAUAGUCUAUAUGUUUCACUGUGUUAGCUAUAGGGAUUCUGCCCCCCACCCCCCAGGUUUUGGAGUAUCUUUAUCAAACACCAGCUUAAAUUUUGUCAAAUGCUUUCUCCUUAUCUACUGAGGUGAUCAUGUUGCUUUCCUCCAUUAUUCUGUUAAUUUCAUGAACUAUAUUGAUAGAUUUUCUUAUUUUAAAUCAACCUGUUUUCCCUAGAAAAAAUGACCUCAUGUUUAUGAUCAUUUUAACAAUAAAGCAUUGGAUUCUCUUGGGA